AUGAAUGAACAGAAUCUGCACGCUGGCUACGAACAGAAUGGUGAUAUUGAAAUGCAAUCCCCUGUUCGUAGUUAUAGCAUCAAGAAAACUUUUCGGGAUAGUCAUGACGAGGGCAUCGACGGUGGUGGGUGCGGAGACCACUGUCACUCAGGUCCUAACAAGGAUGGCAUGGAUAAGGUAGCACAGCGGAAACUUCUGAUUGCCAGUGGACUAUGCCUAGUUUUUAUGAUCGGUGAAGCAACAGGAGGAGCUCUAGCGGGAAGUUUGGCAAUCAUGACGGAUGCAGCCCAUCUUCUAACAGAUUUUGCCAGUUUCUUAAUUAGUUUGUUUGCAAUUUUCCUUGCUGGUCGACCAGCUACACGGAUGAUGAGUUUUGGGUGGUACCGAGCGGAUAUCUACUUAAAUCCUUUUCAAAUGGCUGCAACUCUUCAUCAACACGGACACGAUCAUGGAGCCUCGUCACACGGUCACAGUCACGGAAGCCACGGUCACAGCCAUGGUUUCUUCUCCAAAUUGAAGAAGAAGCUCAGCCACUCCCGAGAUGAGGAGUACGGCAAAGACUCCAGUGAAGACGUAACCAAGGUCAUUUGUGAGGGUGGAGAAUUUCAACAGGGUCUUGAGAGACCAUACAAUGCAGAAGAUCAUUCUCAUAAACACCACGGACAUGAACAUCAUUCACAUAAACAUAAUCACAUGGGGGAGGAACAGUCCCCAGCAGUUGAACAGGAGAAAGAGAAUAUCAAUGUUCGAGCUGCCUUUAUUCAUGUGAUUGGCGAUCUUCUGCAGAGUGUGGGAGUUAUGAUUGCUGCAAUUGUCAUCUAUUUCAAGCCAGCUUACAAGAUCGCUGACCCUAUUUGCACCUUCAUUUUCUCCGUGUUGGUAUUGCUGACAACAGUGAAUAUCCUGAAAGACGCCAUGAAUAUCCUAAUGGAAGGUGUUCCGAAGAGCCUUAACUUCGCAGAAGUGCGCUCCUCGCUAAAAACUAUUCCAGGAAUUGUGGAAGUUCACAAUCUUCGAAUAUGGAGUCUCACAAUGAAUAAGACUGCCGUUUCGGUUCAUCUUGCUACUGAUGACUUGAAAUCUUCCCAGGAGCAAUUAGAACGGGCAAAUAAAUUGCUUCGUCGACGAUUCCUUGUCCAUGAAGUGACUAUUCAAAUGGAACAGUAUGUACCCUCUAUGGCCAUGUGCCGACUUUGUCAUUUAGUUACAGACUUUAUCGGUGAUCUUGAAUAUAAGAUCAACGCGUUUGUCAAUUUCUACUCUGAUCCUUUAAAUUGGCCCUCCUUCCAUUCUAAAUUUGCCCUCAAAGGGUAUAUUACAGCUCCUCCAAACGCUGCUAUUAGGGACUUAACCGAGGCUAUCAUUAAUCACUACUCUGAUGAGUUCUUUAACUUAUGUAACGAUGCCUGUGGAACCAAACAGUACAUCAUGAAUUGUACCAAAAAUCUUGAAGGCAUUCGUCAGUCAGCACUAAACCGCCUUAGUAAAAGGCGAGUGUCUGAAAGAAUACCUAACAUUUCUUUUGGUCGACUUCGACGUUGGACAAGUGAUAUGAUGAAGUCGAAACGUCGAAGCAAUUCUGGCAUCCCACCCCCUGCAGCAUAUGCUGUAGCAGCUAAAUGCGCUCGACUAAAACGAAGACUCGGACAAUUAUUUGUUCUAGCGCAGACUUCUCACCUGUUAAAUGAAUGCAUCAUCUCGUUAGAGCAUCCGCAAAUUGCUGAAAUGCAACACAAUCUCAUGAGAAGUCGACUUAAGUCUAUACUCAGUAUGAAGCAGCAAUUAGAUGUCUCAACACCCAUGUGUCUGAUCUGCACCAAUACGUUAGCUAAACGACUGGAUACUCAAUCUUCGCGGCUUUCUUGUGGUGUAACUCAUGAUUCAGUGCGUUCUCGUCUGGACGAUCUAGCUGAUAGUAUGGCUGAUUUGUUCAUGUCUCUAUCACAUGAGGCCUCUGGUCUUUCAAGAUUCCUGGACAUUUCAGAACCUCUUGAUCGAGAGGUGAUAAAGAAGGCUGUAAGACAAUCGUUGGAUGCCUUCUGCAAUUUUUAUGUAACUUCAGUUGCCUCCAAGCUUGGAUCUGAGAAGGCAAAAACUCUGCUUGGUCAAUUACAGUAUCCUGAAGAAGAUGCGGAAGAUCUGUCCCUAUCUGACACAGAGGCUAUGAUGGACGCAUUUGAUGUGUUCGACUCAUUCAACGAGCAGAGCUCCUCACCGCUUCCAACAGAUUUGGAGUAUGAGGAAGACAAAGAUGGGGCUUCGCCCUAUGCUUCUACUCCGUCUUGUCAACCCUCGUCUCCCAAAGAUCCAAUUCAGGAUAUUCCCCAACCAGAAGAGGUUAAUUCCUCUGCAGAAAAUGAUUUUAACUUUUCUUCGCCUCAGGAUGAUUGUGCACCCUCCUUUGUGGGUCCGUCAACUCCUCUAGAGACACCUCCAAACGAUUUCGAAGACCAGGCUAGGUCCUUGCCUGAAGGUCCAUCAACCCCAAAAGAAACACCGCCACAUUCUGAUAAUGAUGAAGACCUGGAUUUCCAUGAAGGACGCGAAGAAGGUGAAGUCUGUGAUGAUGACAACGUCCAACUUUCCUCAAAUGACAUUUAUGAGACAGAGGAGGCUAUCAUGCUUGAAUGGGCACCGACGAAAUGGAAUAAAUCCGAACAAAAGAUGCCGUAUUCGGAAUCAGUACAAAAGACGCUGUGUGAUGCCGUCAAAUCGUGCAACCGAGAGCUUUCAGCUGUGGCGACGCUCGGUGUUUCGGAUUUGGAAGCUGGGCUAUCCAUAGCGACAGAAUCACAAACUUUUCAAAGCAGUACUGCGAACAUUACCAACAAUACUACAACUCGACCUCAGUGCGGCCUCGAGAUGUCUGAUGUCGAUGAAGAGGAGUUUUUGGUUACUGAAAGCACCGCUCCGGUUAAGGUGCAUAUGGAUGAAACCGAAAUCGAAUCAAAAAAACGGCGGAUGCAGGAGCUUUUAGAUAAAGCUGCUGCAUUCACUGCCCUUAAAGAAACUGGAGCUGACACCGGAGCUGGCCUUACUAGUCCCACUAGUGUUCAAGCUCCAGCACCGUCUGUGACUGAUCACCGUCACCGUCGUACUGAAAAGGAAGAGGAUGAAGAACUUUUGACUGAUGUUAAAAAGGGUGGAAUUUCUAUCAUUACUCGGUUUGAUGUUACUCCUUGGUAUGUCAAGGGUGGUGAAAUGCGAGAUUAUCAGAUUCGUGGUUUAAACUGGUUAAUCAAUCUCGGUCUGACAAAUACCAAUGGCAUUCUUGCUGACGAAAUGGGUUUGGGCAAAACGCUUCAGACAAUUUCUCUUCUCGGUUAUAUAAAACAUUAUCGAGGCAAAUCUGGCCCCUUUCUCGUUAUUGUUCCCAAAUCAACCUUGUCAAACUGGGUAAAUGAGGUCAACAAAUGGGUUCCUUCCUUACACCCUGUUUGUCUCAUCGGAAGUGCUGACGAAAGGGCUCGUGUUAUACGCGAAGAGAUUGUCCCUGGGAAUUGGGAUGUCCUCAUCACAAGUUAUGAAAUGUGUAUCAAGGAGAAGAAUCUUCUCAGGCGAUAUAAUUUUGUUUACCUGGUCAUUGACGAAGCUCAUCGUAUCAAGAAUGAAAAAUCCAAACUCUCUGAAGUUGUAAGAAUGUUUAACUCACAGAAUCGUCUUCUAAUUACCGGUACCCCGCUUCAAAAUAAUCUUCAUGAAUUAUGGGCUCUCUUGAACUUCCUUAUGCCUAAAAUGUUUCAGUCAUCGGAUACCUUCGAUGAGCUCUUCAAUUCGCAUUCAUUACAGGAAGAGACGCUUGUUACACGAUUGCAUUCGAUCCUUCGUCCAUUUUUGUUGCGUCGUGUUAAAGCUGAUGUCGAGAAAAAACUUCCACCCAAAAAGGAAGUUAAAAUUUACAUCGGCCUGAGUAAAAUGCAACGAGAUCUUUACACCAAGAUCUUAAUGAAGGAUUUAGAUUUGGUUAAUACUAAUGGUCAAAAAGCUGAUAAAGUUCGUCUUUUGAACGUUCUUAUGCAGUUAAGAAAGUGUUGUAAUCACCCUUAUCUAUUUGAUGGUGUUGAACCUGGUCCUCCCUAUUCCACUGAUCAACAUUUGGUCGACAAUUGUGGUAAAAUGGUUCUCUUGGACAAACUGCUAAAGAAGCUUCGUGAGCAAGGAUCUCGUGUUCUUAUUUUCAGUCAAAUGACCCGUACCUUAGAUAUUCUUGAGGAUUAUUGCAUGUGGCGGGGUCAUGAUUACUUCAGAUUGGACGGUCAAACUGCCCAUGAUGAUCGUCAGGUCUCUAUUGAUGAGUUCAAUCGUCCCGGCUCGAAUAAGUUCAUUUUUAUGCUUUCAACUCGUGCUGGUGGUUUGGGUAUCAAUUUGGCUACUGCUGACGUUGUUAUUCUCUACGAUUCGGAUUGGAAUCCUCAAGUUGAUUUGCAAGCUAUGGAUCGUGCACAUCGUAUUGGUCAAACCAAACCGGUUCGUGUGUUCCGACUCAUUACUGAGAAUACGGUCGAAGAAAGAAUUGUUAUGAGAGCUGACAUGAAGCUUCAUUUAGACAACCUUGUUAUCCAACAGGGCCGUCUUGUUGACCAAAAGUCCAAUCAGUUGCAAAAGAAUGAAGUCAUUGAUAUGAUUAAAUACGGCGCCAAUUACAUUUUCCGCAGCAAAGAAAGCACCAUUAAAGAUGAAGACAUUGAUGAAAUUCUGGCUCGUGGUGAGCAGAAGACCAGCGAGUUGAAUGAAAAGUUAAGCAAGUUGGGUGAAUCAAACCUCAGGCAACUUCGUUUCGACACAGAAGAUGAUGGGCCUGAUUCGGUAUACAUCUUCGAUGGUGAAGAUUAUCGUACCAAGCAGCAGAAUUCUGGAUCACUUGCUGGUUGGAUUGAGCCACCGAAACGUGAACGUAAAGCGAACUAUGCAGUUGAUGCUUACUUCCGAGAGGCGCUCCGUUUAGCUGAACCAAAAGCGCAUAAGGCGCCUCGUCCACCGAAGCAGCCGACAGUUCAGGAUUUCCAGUUUUUCCCACCACGAUUGUUCGAGCUUUUGGACAAGGAAAUUUAUGCUUAUCGGUAA